GGGCGGAAGAGCCAGGAUUGCAAAGCUCUGCCGAGCCACCCCAGAAAAUGCCGUGUGGAGCCUGUGGCCGGGCGGUGCUGGCACUGAUGACCUUCUCCAUCGGCUUCGCAGCUGACGAGCUGCUGUGCGUCUGCGACGUGCCACACUGCAGCCUGCCCACCUGCACGGGCCAGGUGUGCUUCGUCAGCAAGAGGAAGGAGGAAGGGACCAUCACCCAGCACAAGGGCUGCUUCUCCCAGAACAUCCUGGAGAACUGCCACACGCCCGUGACGGAGCAGUACGGCAUGAGGUGCUGCGACUCCAGCAUGUGCAAUGCCGAGCUGGAGAUCUUCCUGCAAGGAGAAGAGGCCCUGGGAAAGGCACCUUCCCUGCCCAACCUCCUCCUGAUGAUCUUCGUCCCGCUGCUCGCCCUCCUCAUCCUCGUGGCACUCACAGUGCUCUUCUGCUGGAAGAUGGCCCAGCAUCGCCACCAGAAAAGCGACUUGGGCGACACAGACCUCAUGCUGAAGGCAUCCAUGGUGGGAGACAGCACUUUAGAGGACUUGCUGAACGAUGACUGCACCACAGGCAGCGGCUCGGGGCUGCCUUUCCUCGUCCAGCGAACAGUGGCUCGGCAGAUCACCCUCGUGGAGUGUGUGGGCAAAGGACGCUAUGGCGAGGUGUGGCGAGGUGUGUGGCACGGGGAGAGCGUGGCCGUGAAGAUCUUCUCCUCCCGGGACGAGCAGUCGUGGUUCCGUGAGACCGAGAUCUACAACACUGUCCUCCUCCGGCACGACAACAUCCUGGGUUUCAUCGCCUCCGACAUGACGUCGAGGAACUCCAGCACCCAGCUCUGGCUCAUCACGCACUACCACGAGAAUGGCUCGCUCUACGACUACCUGCAGAGGACAGCCCUGGAUGUGGAGACUUGCCUGGGGUUGGCCUCCUCCAUCAUCUGCGGCCUCGUCCACCUCCACGUGGAGAUCUUUGGCACCCAGGGCAAGCCCGCCAUUGCCCACCGUGACCUAAAGAGCAGGAACAUCUUGGUGAAAAGCAACCGGCAGUGCUGCAUUGCAGACCUGGGGCUGGCCGUCAUGCACUCCCAAGGCAGCGACUACCUGGACAUCGGCAACAACCCCCGGGUGGGCACCAAGCGCUACAUGGCCCCAGAAGUGCUCAGCGAACAGAUCCGCACCGACUGCUUCGAGUCCUACAAGAAGACGGACAUCUGGGCGUAUGGGCUGGUGCUCUGGGAGAUCACCCGGCGGACGGUGGUGAAUGGCAUCGUGGAGGAGUACCGGCCGCCCUUCUUCGACGCCGUCCCCAGCGACCCCAGCUUCGAGGACAUGAAGAAGGUGGUGUGCAUCGACCAGCAGACCCCCGUGAUCCCCAACCGCCUCUUCUCCGACUCGGUUUUGUCAGCGCUGGCAAAGAUCAUGAAGGAGUGCUGGUACCAGAGCCCGUCGGCCCGCCUCACCGCCCUGCGGAUUAAAAAGACGCUGAAAAAGUUGAACAAUUCCCUGGAAAAGCCCAAGCCAGAGCAGUGA